AUGGCUUCUUGUGAGUUUGUAAUGGGGAUUCUCUUUCUCUUCCAGACUGGAACUGGGCUCCUAGGGAAUUCCUUACUCCUUUAUUUCUUUUUAUUGACUUUGUUUUCUAAACACACUCAGAAACCUAUAGAUCAAAUUCUCAACCAAUUGGCCUUAGCCAACUUUCUGGUCCUUUUCUCUAGGGGAAUCCCUCAGACACUGGCUGCUUUUUGUUUGGACAAUUUCCUGGGAGAAGCUAUGUGUAAGAUUAUCUUUUAUACUCACAGGGUGACCCGAGGGGUUUCUCUGUGCACCACCUGCCUUUUGAGUGGCUUCCAGACUAUCGCUAUCAGUCUUAAUAAUUCCAGGUGGGCACAACUCAAACUGAGAGCUCCUAAGUUUGUUCAACCCUCCUGUUGCCUCUGUUGUAUUCUUCAUCUUCUGAUAAAUAUUGUUGUGCCAGUGAAAGUGACUCACCCAGGGAAUACUAGAAACAUUACAAAAAAGGAGUUUGGAUUGUGUUCUGGCAAUGGGUCCAAUGCAUUCAUAAACUCAUUCUGUGCAUUCCUGUUUACCUCUCUUGAUAUUUUGUGUUUGGGACCCAUGUGUUGGGCCAGUAUUUCCAUAGUGUUCUUCCUGCAAAGACAUAAGCAGAGAGUCCAGUACCUUCACCGAAUCAGUCUCUCUCCCAGAGCCUCCCCAGAGACCACUGCCACUUACAGUGUCCUGCUUCUAGUGAGCUCCUUUGUUGCCUUUUAUUUUAUGUCCUCCAUCUUAUCACUCUAUAUGACUUACUUUGUCAACCCAAGCCUGCAAUUGGUGACCAUCUGUACAUUCCUUUCUGGUUGUUUUCCAGCUUUCAGUCCCUAUGUGCUCAUCAGCUGUGAAAUUCAAGUCUUAAGAAUCUACUUUGUCAGUUGUAAAACAAGAAUCUCCAAAUAG